AUCGUCAUAGAGCCCCACAUUCGAGACGUUCGCAUUCAGCGUUCAGCUUUAGUUAAAAUCGUAUUGUCGGUCGAAAUCUUAUUGUGCUCAAACAAAAUGUCUCCAUCUGCUCUUGCCUUGGUCCUGUACAAUGUACUCCUUUAUUUGGGGGCAUCGGAUAUCAAGGCAAAUGUAGUAGAUAAGGGCGACAACCAGUACACCAUUUUCUACCUCAUAAAGACCGUGGGGAAGUGGAUGAUGAAUAGGAGAAUGGAUGAGACAUCCAGCGAGUUCGGGGACAUGUUUUGGAGCAUAAACGCUGGGGUAAACGUACUGCUACUAGUGCCGGCUUUUGUCCAGCACCGCGGACUCCGAACCUGGAUAGUGCCAAUGGUCUAUAUCUGUAAUUUGUUCGUCUUGCACCGCCUGCAGGUGUAUUGCCUGGUAGCGGCUUUCACACUCUGGCGGCAAGAGAUGUACAAUAGUUUCUCAAUGCUAAUCGUCUGCAGCCUGUGCAUGAGUUGUCUUCACUUAGCCCUGAUCUGUACGUCCAUGAAGUUCGCCGUGGUGGAAUAAGUCCUGAACAAGUCCUGACCUAUGAUCAAAUGACCGUCUUUAAGUGGGUUACCGUGCCCGUGCCCGUUCCAGUUGCCCCGCAUCCGACAUCCGUCACCGGCUUAGCCUUGCCACAGCUACAAAUACUGGGCCAUCGGUUCAACUAAUAAAUAUCCCAGAGAACGCACAGAGGUAUCCUCAGAUACAGGCACACACACACACACACACACACACACACACACACACACACAGAGAUACUUGCACGAGCAUGGACAAAUGAAUCGCAGCUGAACUGUGGCAGGGGCUGGAGCAGGGACAGGGGCAGGGGCUGGGGCUGAGGCAGGGCAAUGGGGAAAUAAAACCAUUAAAUAUUUGCGGUUAAACGCACCAAAAA